AUGGGUGAAGAAGACACCGUGACGGUGGAUCAGAAUAGUUACGGUAGUGGCAAAGGCAAAGAUUCUUUGCUCCGUAAUCGCCGUUCUUCGUCGCCAUUGCCUCCACCUCCACAGUUAUCUUCUAAAGUGCUUACAUUGCCUACCGUAUUAACCCUUGGCCGUGUAGCUGCCGUUCCGAUACUCGUCGCGACCUUUUAUGUUGAUUGCUGGUGGGGGAGAACUGCUACAACAAGUAUUUUCAUUGCAGCAGCCAUCACAGACUGGCUUGACGGAUAUAUAGCGCGGAAGAUGAGAUUAGGUUCUGCAUUUGGUGCAUUUUUGGAUCCAGUGGCAGAUAAGCUCAUGGUAGCAGCAACAUUGAUCUUGCUGUGUACUAAACCAAUGGACGCCAUUGUGUUAGGACCAGUUCCAUGGUUAGUGACAGUACCUUCAAUUGCCAUCAUUGGUAGAGAGAUUACUAUGUCUGCAGUAAGAGAAUGGGCUGCAUCUCAAAAUGGCAAGCUUUCAGAGGCUGUUGCUGUAAAUAGCUUGGGAAAGUGGAAAACUGCAACACAGAUGAUAGCUCUUACCAUACUUCUUGCAAGCCGGGAUAGCAGUUUUGAGAGACUAUUACCGUCGGGUAUCGGGUUGCUCUAUGUAUCUGCAGGGCUCUCUAUAUGGUCUUUAGUUGUUUAUAUGAGGAAGAUAAUGAAAGUACUGCUAAAGAAGAAGUAG